UAGGCUCGCGGUCCCCGCAUGAACAAUAAUGGGCAAAGGUUUCUGUGCUAUGGGUUUGAUUAUACCCUGAAACUUACUAUGAUAAAUACAUAAUUCCCCCAGUGCAGUGGUUUCACCCUGGUCGCAUGACUCAGUCUUUUGCCCUCACAGCAGAUAUUCAGAAAACGAUUCUUAGUCCACUUCGUAUGGGCAUACCCGUUAACCCCCACCGAAAAUCGCACGGCUUGGAUUUCAAGUAAUUUUACUCCAUGCUCGUUGGAUGCGAACAGAACUUGAUUCAAUAGAAAUAAUUACAGCCCAGCUUAACUAUUGAUUCAAUUCAUUAUAGAGAAACAAUGGUGGCUGUGAGACUGUUGGUUUUGGCCGCUUGUGUGGCCUGGGUGUCUUGUGUUCCUACGCCGUUCAGUUCUGAGAGGACGUGCCACAUCGAUGACUUCCAACUUCAAGAGGACUUCUCACUGGAAAGGUUUAUGGGCACCUGGUUCGUGGUAGCGCAGGUUCAGCGGACGCACUACCCGUAUCAGAGACGCUCCCACUACGGUCUACGCGAGGACGGCACGGUCUCAAUGAAAACCAACAGAGUGGUCAGGCCUGGCGACUGUAACUCGUGGCAAUUUGAAGCCCGGGUCACGGCCGAUGAAGACUCCAACAACCCGGCCAAGAUGUUACUGUAUCCACCCAUGCCCAACUACCCACCAGAGGAUUACUGGGUUGUGAGUACGGACUACACCAGCUAUGCUUUGGUGUACAGCUGCGGGGAGCAGCGCUCUGACGGCUCGUGCACAAAGCGGGGCGAGCACGCUUGGCUGAUGGGAAGGUCCCUGGCUGGUGUACCUGAGGAAAUACGGACCAGGGUGCCGGAGUUGCUGUCAUCGGUGUGCAUACGACCACAUCGACUGCAUGAUGUACCACGGGAUUGUGAGGUAGAGCUGACUCAAGCCCCCAACCACCUCCCUGCCGCCUCCACAGGAUGUCAGGCUGAUGGCAACACAGAUUGCAGGCGGGGUGCCAGCACACUAAACCCAUGUGCAAUAGCUAACUUUCAGCUGCAGAAGGAUUUCAUAAUAGAAAAGUUUCUGGGUGAGUGGUAUGAGGUUGCCCACACCAGAAUGCGCAACAGCACCCUCAAGCUGCCAGACAUGCGCUCCUUGCUCUUCAGCCGUGGCCCAGCUGGCCAGGAUGCUCACAUGUCACUACUGAUGAAAGACAUUAAGUUGGAUGGGCGUUGUGCUAACAUGAAUAUGCCAGGGUCUGGCUGGCUGGGCCCGGAGCACCCAGCUAAGAUCAUCGUUAGCUUCCCUAUCCCACAGAAAUACGGAGUCAGUGGAGCUGUGGAAUACUGGAUUCUGUCGACUGACUACACAAGUUAUGCUGUGACAUACUCCUGCCACCGCACGUAUGAGGACAGCACCUGUGACAAACAGAGAGAGGCACUGUGGGUACUGAGUCGCACACCGUCCCUACCCCACAGGGUAGAGAGGAAGGUGGACCAGGCUAUCAGAGGGGUGUGCCUUGACCCGGUACUGGUCACAGACAAUCAAGAGGUAUGCUACACUACAGAACUAGGCGAAAGAAAUGAAACACAUGCUGCUAUUAAGGGCAGGGCUGCUGUGACCACAGGAUGCGAUCCAGCCACAGCAAAGUAUGGGUGCUGCCUGCUCAACAACAGGCCAGCCAGAGGACCAAAUUACCGAGGAUGUCCACGUAUGAGGCCACCGGUUGCAGGUCAAGACAUUGAGAUGAGGCCAGUCUCUGAAGUGGUCAGACUACCACCCAUGCCUCUAGCUCUCACUGCUCAUGAACCACUCAAAGUCAAGAAAGUUGGGUGUGAUGAAAAGAUCAUCUGCAAGAUAUACUGUGAGUACGGCUUCAAAAAAGAUGAAAACAACUGUGACAUUUGCCAGUGUGCAGAGGAACCACAGGAACAACAGGAAUCCAGCCCAACCACGACAUCAGAAGAUCACAUGCUGCGUGAGGCAGCACAACAGACCAAGCUUGUAUCGUGUCUGCAUCAAGCUAAGAGUGCCACCAAACUAGGCCUGCCAAUUUUGGAUUGUGCACAGGAUGGUAGCUUUACUCCGAUUCAAUGCCAUGGAGAGGACUGUUGGUGUGUGGACCAGACUAGCGGUCAUGAGCUGAAAGGCUCGCGGGUCUCUGAUGGCACAAAGCCUGACUGCAGUCAGAUCCCAACUCCUAGUCAAAUGGAUCCCAAGCUGACCUUCGAUUGUCUGGCCCGCCGUGUAGAAGCGGAAUCCACUCUGGACAUUGAUGAAGGCUCCGGUCACAUCUACAUACCAGUCUGUGAUGAGCAUGGACGGUACCAGCCAGUGCAGUGCUACAUAGAGAGUGAACUCUGCUGGUGUGUGGACACACUGACAGGGGAACAGCUAGCUGAUAGUGUGACACAGGGGAUGCCAAUAUGUGCCCCCUAGGGUGGGGAGCAGAGGAAAGGCAGACCAUAUCAGUGUGUGAAGUAACCCAACAAAAUUGCAUGUUGAUAUUACUGAAUUUUGCUGUGCCACAUGAAAUGUAUAUGAAAAAUCUGUGAUAUUGCUUGCGAGGCAACGAGAAACUGAACAUAGGGUUCCCACAGAAAUCUUAAAAUGGGAAUUCCAUGACUUUUCCAUGACUUUUCCAUGACUUUUCCAUGACUUUUCCAUGACAAAAUUAGGGCUAUCCAUGACUAAUUCCUAUGCUGUUUUGCAUCUUAGGAGCCUUUUGCACUUUCCAGUUUGUCACAAGACCACUGAGCACCAAGAAAGCAUGACAAUUGUACAUUGAACAUGCAACAAGUAUUAGAGCAUACAUGCAUAAAGAAGAAGUGCAGUAAACUGGAUUGCAAACUGGAAGACUGCUAUAGGAAAAUUCAACAUCAUCACGUAUGGGUUGUGCAGGGUUCCAUGACUUUUUCCAUAAAUUUGUUUCUUGGAAUAUACACUUUCCAUGAAAUCUUGUAAAAACAACAAAAUUCCAUGACUUUCCAUGAUAGCUAUAACAUUCCAGGAUGUUCCAGGAUUGUUUCAGGACUGUGGGAACCCUGUGUACAACACAUGGUAGUGAGAAGUCAAUAACUGAUGAAGCUGGGCCAACUCAACUGCAUGUUAAUAACAUAUGGAGAAAUCCUUCACCUGAUAUGCCCUCAAUAUAUUAAUUCUAAACAAUCACUUGACAAAUUUCCCUCUCACUCUUGAUUUAUUGCUCUGGUCAUUAUUGGUGGUAGUCUUGGUCCAAGACUGCAUUUGGUUUUUAUUCCCCUAAUGCAGCCGCUCCCUGAAUCAAAUCGGGUCUAGAGAACUUUGGCAGUGCUAACCAGAAACUACACACUGUAUUCAGGCUAAUGCACGUGCAUAAUCCUUGCUUGUAAUUUCCCGGGUGACACUGCCAAAAUUCCCAAGACUGAAUUUGAUUCAUCUUGUUGAUAGUGACCUCUGCCGCCGCGGUGGUUUUACACUGCUUGUCGGGAACCAGCUCUAUUACGGGGACUGAAAUGCAAAUCCAGCCUUGGAUCAAGACUAUUUUGGUAGUGGCAUAAUACACAGCCAAUGACAACAAACCCAGCUGAUGGUUUUAAAUUAAGACUUAUGUGCACUUAACAAAAUAGAAAAACUACU